AUGUCUAAGAACCUGAGCUGGAGAAUCCAAGGCAUUGACGCGAGCGUCACCAAAGAGCAUGUUCUGGACUUUUUCGAAGAGUUUGAACAACACCGCAUUUCCGUCAAGACACUUUGCCCAAGCGUGGACAAUCCGCGUCAGGAAUUAACCGCAACUAUCGAUUACAAGCAUGAUUUGGAUUCGCUAGACCAUAUUCCUCGGCUACGAGACGACAUACGCGACGAACUUGAGUUCGACCGCCAUUUUCGCGGGUUCACGCCUUUGCACUCGCCAGCUGCAGGCACACAUGACGCGGAUAUAAUCGCCGUCACUCGUCUCGGGGGCCAUGCAAUUGCUUCAUGGUCGCUGCCUAAUGGAAAGAUGUGGCUACGUGAUUAUGUCCCAUCCUCCGCACCCACAGCCCGAAUUCUUACGUACGGCUAUCCGAACCAACUCGAGGGAUCGAAUCUCUCGAACUCCACCUUGAGAGACUUGGCAUCGGAAUUUCUCAACAAUCUGGUCAUAAUUCGAAAUCGCACGGCACAGGGUGUUCAACGUCCCAUGAUCCUAGUAGGACACUGUCUUGGAGGUCUGAUUAUAAAAAUGGCGUUGAUACAAGCUAGAGAGCUCAAUAUCAUCUCGAAAUUACCAGUCCGCCUUUUCAUCUUCCUCGCGACUCCGCACCGCGGCAUGAACGUUGAUGCCCUCAAGACUAUCAAAGAUGAUCAAUUAAAAAAGCUUGUCGAAGAGUUGGAGCCCAAUUCUGCUAUACUCAGGAGCAUGCAUGCCCCCUUCAGCAAAUUAUCGGACAAAAUUCGGAUAUUCAGUGUGUUCGAAACGCAGAGGACUGCUCCGCUUGUUUUCGAUGAAUCUCGGGGCAGGCUGGUUCGCAGCGACAAACCUGUCAUCCUGGUUGAGUAUGAGUCAGCGAUUCAAGGUCGAGAGAAUGAAACAGUGAUGCAGGCCAGCACAGAUCACCAUGAUAUCGCAAAGCUGGCCCCGUGGCAAGGAUCCAUCUACCCCAUGGUUCGCGAAAUGAUCGAGCAGACUUUGGCAUCUUCUGUCCAAGUCAAGGGCACAUCUGAUCCAAAUGAAAGACGCCAGACCGAGCCACUUCACACGGCUGCCAUACCAGAUCAGCAGUCUCGUUUAAAGGCCCUAGAUUUUGCGGAUGGACUUGUUAUCACAACGAAUCCUACUGUCGGAAACGUUUUAAGAGACGGAGACAGGUCGUCACUAACAGACGCCACUAAUCCUGUAGCGGAAAACAGCAAGUCGCCGCGACUGUCCCGUCACGGAAACCCAUUCGGCCGGCUACUAUACGUUUACGAAACAACGAUCGGCAGCGGUGACGCUGCCCAACCUCGUAGCCCAGGGAAGUCAUCGAAAGACCUUUCAGAGGCAGAUCGAUCAAGACGCAAACAUCGGUUUCAGGAAUGGGGAAGAUGA